UUCGCCCGUCCCACUGCGCGGCCCUCGCGAGACGGCGGCGGUGCUGGGCAGGGCGCACGUGCAGUACGAAGUGUCGGAGCCGCCGCCGCCUCGCCGCCACCGCGGCCUGAGGGGCCUCUCGGCAUCCUUUCGUCGUCACGUACCCGGCGCCUUCCUUUUCUUCAGCUUCGGCACCUUUCCCGCACUGCGAACCUGCCCCUCCUCAGACUUGUGACAUGGCAACAGACGUAGCCGAGCCUGUGGUCCCUGACUGCAGAGGAGAUGUAAAGAGCGGUCCCAGGUCAGAUGGAGACUAUCCUCUUCGGGUUCUCUACUGUGGAGUCUGUUCAUUGCCAACAGAGUACUGCGAAUACAUGCCUGAUGUCACUAAAUGCAGACAAUGGUUAGAAAAGAAUUUUCCAGAUGAGUUUGCAAAACUUACAGUAGAAAAUUCACCUAAACAGGAAACUGGGGUUGGAGAAGGCCAAGGAACUGUGGGAGGAGAAGAAGAGGAGAAGAAGAAGCAAAAGAGAGGUGGAAGAGGUCAGAUAAAACAGAAAAAGAAGACUGUACCACAAAAAGUUACAAUAGCAAAAAUUCCUAGAGCAAAGAAAAAAUAUGUCACAAGAGUAUGUGGCCUUGCAACAUUUGAAAUCGAUCUUAAGGAAGCACAGAGGUUUUUUGCUCAGAAAUUUUCCUGCGGUGCCUCAGUAACAGGAGAAGAUGAAAUCAUCAUUCAGGGCGAUUUUACAGAUGACAUUAUUGAUGUAAUCCAGGAGAAGUGGCCUGAGGUGGAUGAUGAUAGCAUUGAAGAUCUUGGAGAAGUUAAGAAGUGAUAGUAAAAGACUACCUUUAUUUAAUUCUAUGGUUAUAAAUGACGUAGCCAAAGUGAGGCUUCUAAACCCGUUUGCUCUGCAGUGCAACUGUGGAGAAUCUGUAUCCUUGGCAUUUUCACUGUUCUAUAUGGGCUGCUUGGGGUUGUUUUUUUGUUUUUCUCAUUGUGAUAUUUGCCAAAGUUAAAUUGGGGGUUUAUCAUGCUUAUGCAUGAAGUAGAUUUAAAUAAAAUUACUGUUCCUCACUGAA